UUCAAUGCACGGUCACACUGCAUAGCCGCCACAUUUGUAUUUUUCGUAACAAUUGGAAAUUUUUUGCAUACUCUAAAGCAAUAUUCAUAUAUUUCAAACAAAAAUGUAUUUGAUAUCAACGUCUAAGAAAACAAUCCUAUCGGAUUUCGCGGAUUUAGAGACGAAAUCCACGUAUGUGCAUGCGAAUGGCGAGUCAACAGAUUUUCAAUUCAGCUCCCAGGGACGCGUCUUUGUGGAGGUGGACAAAAAGGCGGGCUUGGCGGUGAUGCGCAUUAAAGAAAACCAACAGAAUGCUUUGGAAAUACAGCGCGUGCGCAAAUUGACCAUUGAAAAUGCAUAUUCGGUGUGUUUCGCCAAAACGGUAUCCAAUCAUAUUGCCAUCGGCCAGUCAAGUGGUUAUGUUAAGACAUUUAACUUUCGUACGGCGGAAUUGAUUCAUCGCUAUCCGGCGAAUGCGUCGCGCAGCUCUGUACUCUAUUUGGAUUACAAUUGCACGGAUGAAUACAUUGCAGCGGUGCUGGAAGACGGCACGAUCAACAUUUGUGGCACAAAGACUCGACAAAGGAUCGAUACAGUCACCAUUGACGAGCAUUCGACCCUGGCACGGUUUCAUCCGCGCAAGCGUUUCCACUUGGCGGUGGCUUCCUACAAGGGCGCCGUAUCCGUCUACGAUUUGCAAUCAAAACGCACCAUCUUUCAUUUAAGUGAUGCACAUAGUGCCCCUUGUCGUGAUGUCAGCAUGUGUAGCAGUCAAUCUUCGCUGCUGGUCAGCGUUGGUUACGACUGCAAUAUUAAUAUAUUUGAUAUACGACGCAAUAAGGCGCAGUCAUCGUCGGGUCGCUUGAAUUACACACAUCCUUUGUCUACCGUGGCGUUAAGUGAAUGCGGAACAUACUUCUGUGCCGGCAAUCUCAAGGGUGAAUUGAUUACUUACGAUAUGCGCAGCACUCGAGCACCGUUGGCUGUGCGUGCUGUGCACGAUGGCAGCGCUGUGACGCGAGUGGCUUUUGUGCCCACGCCUGCUGAGGAGCAGCAAAGCAGCAGCUUUAACAGCUCCAAUAAUGUGACUGUGGAUGCCAGACCAGCGGCGACUGUGGAGCAAACGCCUAGCGAUGAGCUGGUGCGUCAACAGCGCGACUCUUUUUGUGAUUUUCUGGACACACAACGACCACGUCUCCUUGAUCGCAUGUCCACACGUCUAACAACUAAUUCUCGACGCGACAGCUUCGAUUGGGAUACGCUGAUGACAAAGCCCAUUGCCGAGGAUGGACGCCUAAGCAUUUGCCCGACUGGCUCAGGUCUCAGUUCCUCAGACGGCUCCACCGUAGACACACUGCAACAAACGGUGAGCAGUGGGUUGCGUGAGCGCAACAUGUCGGCAGAUGCCAAGUUGAAACAAAUUGCCGAAACAGAUGAAACUAGCGAACUGCAUGAACAAUCCGUUAACUGUUCGGUGGACAGUGACAAAGAGAAUCCACCCAUGGCAGCAGAGAUCGAGGAGAAGCGUCGAUUACGCAUGUUGUCCGCCAGUCGCAAUAGCACGCCACAUCAUGUGGCAAGCGCAGCCAGCAAGGCUUCUACUCUGCAAUUGCAGCCGCAACAGCUGCUGCCCAAGACAUCGAGCAAUGUGUCUUCAGUUGCCUCACAGAUCUCUGAUGGCUGUCAGUACGAUGUGCGCAAGGAACUUGUGGAGCUGCGCGAAAGCAUCGAGGAUCGUUUCACACAACUAGAACGCGAUUUGAAAUGGUCAGCGGAGGUCAGCAAGUUUCAAACCUUCACUCAGGUGGCUCAGUACUGGAAGCAGCAGAUGGCAAACACCGAGGAGAUCAGAGAUGGGCUCGGAAUGUUGCUACGCCAUGAUCGUUUUAAAAAAGAGUUUUGCCGCCUCAAAAAUGAGAACGAUAUGCUACGAGCCGAGGUACAACAUUUGCGCAACCAGCUGAAUAAUUAGGCAUGUUAAAAAACGCUUUAAAAAAAUUGUUUUGUAUCUUUUAUAAUAUAUAUAUUUAUCAUUUGCACUAAG